AUGUUUGCAUUCUUGAGUGACUCCAACAAUAUGACUGGCAGCUCAGUCAAUGGUGACAAAAGUUCGCUCCGAGCAAUCGAAGUGAACGGACAUGUGGGAGAGAAAGUUAAUAUUGCGAGAAUUAAUAGUGAUAAUACCAAAAGACGACCAGCAGCCACGCAGGACGGGCUUGGGGACAAAAUGUCCGCCAAGAGGAGUAAGGUAAUACUCCCAGGAGAAAUGUCCUCCGAGGAGGAGGGGAGCACGGGCCCCGAAGACAACGGGGGAACUUUGGGUCUGCAAAAGGAAAUUGCAGACCUGAAAAGCGAGAAGGCAGGAAUGGAACAACAACUAGAGUGCCAGCAAUUGCUCAUCAAGCAAUUGCAAGUGCAAUUGGCAUCGUUGGAAGAGAAGGUCCGCGCUGGGACGGCAUCAGCGCAGCUUAAACCACGACAACAACUGGAGCAACGACAACAUCAACUACCGUCGCAACAACAACACCAGCAACCGUCACAACAACAACACCAGCAACCGUCACAACAACAACAACACCAGCAACCGUCACAACAACAACAACAACAGGAAAACGAGCAAAAUCAAGAAGCCAUUGAGAUGGACAUCGUGGGAUCCCCUGCAUCCUACCCUGAGGUCAUCAUCGACGAAGGAGACCCCUUCAACUUCGUCCGGAGACGCAACAAGACGACGAAAAAUAAGAUACAAAUGGAACAAAUGAUCAAUCAAAUACGCUUAAAUAAACAAUACACAAACCUUUUAUAUCCGGAAUAUUUAACUUCCAGUUUCCUAACUUGGUUACUGAAAAAACUAAGAACUCAACAGUACAAGCAGCAAUUAGGUUUGUGCCAGAUUGGAGUGACCGACAACACUGCAGUCGCCCAAAUUAUUAUAACUAGUAAAUAA